UCCUCUCCCUCACCAUGGCAACUAUCACUGCAGAUGACCGCCAGCUGCAGCAAGUUGCCCAGAGAAACCCUGCGAAGGCGUCACCCAUGUUCAGCAUGGAGAGUGGCGCCGGAGGUGCUGCCGAUGACAGCAGCAGCGAACAGGAAGGCUCGUACUGUCUGAUUAAAAGCGUGAGACACCUUAGUGACCGUGGAUUCACCAGGCUGCCGGACAGGUACGUCCUGCCGGCUUCCGAACGCGCCGGUGAUGGUUCCGGCCGUGUAAAGCUCCCCGUCGUCGACCUCGCGCACCUCCGCGACCCCUGCCACCGCGCCGCCGUGAUCGAGACGCUCGACGCCGCGUGCCGUGACUACGGAUUCUUUCAGGCCAGUACACAGCACAGGCUCUGCCUGCAGCUUUGCAUCUUAAUUAGUUAUCUCCAAGCAUUGCAUAGCUAAGCGCAUGUG